CGAACUUGACGAAACCACCUGGUUUCACAAAACCGCUAAUCGCACCUCAAAAACCCACUCUCUCUCCCCCCUUUUCCCCAAGAUAUAUACGCAAUACCCACGGUACGUUCCACACACCCAACCACCUGAGAGAGGCGAGGCAAAGCAAAGCAGCCAUAGCGCUCAGAAAUCUCUCUCAAUUUCUUGCCUCCGCCAAACACAGCAUAGAGAACUAAUAGAAGAAAAAGAAGAAGGGGGAGGCCAUUGGAGAAGCGGAAGGAAGGAAUUAGCAGAGAGAGAGAGAGAGAGAGAGGCGGUUUGAGGAGCUCGCUCGAUCGAUCUGCAUACAUCUGCUGAACUGCUCGGCCUCUGAUCUGGUGCGGUGUGGAGCCUGAUCAAUCCGUCUGGAUCGGGAAGGCAGACAGAGCAGAGAAUGGGGAGAGGGAGAGUGCAGCUGCGGAGGAUAGAGAACAAGAUCAACAGGCAGGUGACGUUCUCGAAGCGGCGGUCCGGUCUGCUGAAGAAGGCGCAUGAGAUCUCUGUUCUGUGCGACGCGGAAGUGGCUCUCAUCGUCUUCUCCACCAAGGGGAAGCUCUUCGAGUACUCUACGGAUUCCUGCAUGGAGAGGAUCCUAGAACGUUACGAGAGAUACUCCUAUGCUGAGAGGCAGCUUCUUGCCAAUGACACUGUCGUCAAUUUACAGGGUAGCUGGACUCUAGAAUAUGCAAAGCUCAAGGCUAGGAUUGAAGUCUUGCAAAAGAAUCUAAGGCACUACAAUGGACAAGACCUGGACUCGCUAAGCCUUAGGGAACUUCAAAACCUGGAGCAACAACUUGAUUCUGCUCUUAAGCACAUUCGGUCAAGAAAGAACCAGCUGAUGUAUGAAUCCAUCACAGAUCUUCAGAAAAAGGACAAGGCCCUCCAGGAGCAGAACAACCAACUGGCAAAGAAGGUGAAGGAAAGGGAGAAGGAAAUAUGUGAGCAAGGAGAGUGGGAGCAGCAAGACCCAUCUUCUCUAGUUCCUCAACAGACCACCCAUGGCACCCUCGAUUUACCUUCUACUACUACUACUACAAACAAUAACGUUGCCCAGCAGCCAUUACAGCAUCCUCUUGACAUAAUAAGUGGCGGAAGCGGCAGCGGAGGUGUUUAUCCUGCGAGAGGUAGUGGAGGAGCGGAAGAAGGAACUACAUCAUCCGGUAGUCGAGCCAAUGCGCUCCUGCCACCGUGGAUGAUGGGCCACCAUAUAUGAUGAUUAUUAUUAUUAUAUACAUAAUAAUAUGCAUGGAAAAGGCGCAGGGAACAACUUCUAUUAUAGGCUAUAGCCCUUUCAACUUAUUUAUUAAAAUUUUGAUUUUAUGUUGUUCUUAUACAUAUAUAUAUAUAUAUGCAUGCUUUAAUUCGAGGUAUAUGUAAGCUUUGAUCGCGAGCGGACGUCGCCGAUAUGUGUGUGUGUGUAUGUAAUUUUAGUAUUGUAUAUACGCCGAGUCAUCAUCCAAGUGCCUAUAUCUAUAAACUGGAUGUAAAUUGAGAUUGGAGAUGUUGUACCAGAAUAGCUUUCCUCCAUGCAUGCUAGAUUAUUACAUCACCUUUCAGCAUGCGAUUCAUUUACCAGACCUUAGUUACUGUUGUAUCAUUAUUAUUAUUUUU